GGUCUGAAGACAUUUGGAGCGGCAGAAUGUGUUUAAAACCUGACUGACUGGCUUUCGAGAAGUGAUAAGAGGUGCCUGGCUCGCUCCGCUUCGCAGGUAUUAACUGGCUCUCACUGUCGUCGUGCAACACAGUGCUGCCGAGAGACCGCGACGCGGCGUGCCAAGAUGAGUUUGCUGUUCAACAAUUCGGUGUUCACGGGCGUGGACGUGCACGCCAAGCGCAACCACGACGAGCAUCACACCAGCGAGCUUCCCGAAGAUCAGCUGACCGUCCGCAGGGGACAGGCCUUCAAGGUCACCUUGGACUUGGCCAAGCCUUUCAAGCAGGGCAUCGAUUCCCUCGUCCUCAUCGCCUCCACCGGGGGUAAGCGCUCGCUCGCUCGCUCGCUCGCUUGUCCGACUUGCCGAUCCAUUUCUGAUCUUGACUUUGGCUCGUCGGCCAACAGCUUGCCGGUGCUCGUGACGCCCCCCGCGGACGCCCCCAUCGGCAGGUACGCUUUGAAGGCCACCCUGUGGGGGGAGGACAAGACGGUGGCCACGCUGGUGCUGCUCUACAACCCCUGGUUCUCCGGAGACUCGGUGUUCUUGGCGGAUGAGCAGGAGAGACGAGAAUAUGUGCUGAAUGAACAAGGAGUCAUCUACAGAGGAAGUUCAAAUUACAUUUCACCUCUCAACUGGGACUUUGGACAGUUUGAAGACGACAUGGUUGAUAUUUGCCUCAACAUCCUGGACAAGAGUCUGAACUACAGAAAGAACCCCGCCGGCGAUCUGGCCUCCCGCGGCGACCCGGUCUACGUGGGCCGCGUGAUCAGCGCCAUGAUCAACAGUCCGGACGACAGAGGUGUCGUGAUGGGCAACUGGUCGGAUUCCUUCGAGGGCGGCCUGUCGCCGUCCCACUGGAGCGGCAGCCACGACAUCCUCUCCAUGUGGAAGAACAACAACUUCCGGACGGUCAAGUACGGCCAGUGCUGGGUCUUUGCCGGCGUCAUGUGUUCAGUCAUGCGUCUGCUGGGCAUUCCCACCCGCGUGGUCUCGAACUUCGUGUCGGCCCACGACACGGACGCCAGCCUCACCAUCGACGUCUACCACGCCGAUGAGGGGGCCAGGCGCAAAGAGUCCAACGACAGUAUCUGGAACUACCACGUGUGGGUUGAGUCGUGGAUGAAGCGUCCCGACCUGAAGGCCAACGGCAAAUAUGACGGCUGGCAGGUUCUGGAUGCUACGCCGCAGGAGGCCAGCGACGGCUUGUACCAGUGCGGCCCCUCCUCUUUGGUGGCCAUCUUUAACGGCGAGACCCAGCUUCCGUACGACGUCCCCUUCGUCUUCGCUGAGGUCAACGCAGACUGCGUCGACUGGCUGACCAAAGCCGACGGCACCGACGUGAAGAUGUCCUCGGACACCAAGCGAGUCGGAAAGAGCGUCUCCACCAAGGCUGUGGGCUACAACAAGCGCCUGGACAUCACCAGGACCUACAAGCACAGGGAGGGCUCGGAAGAGGAGCGGGCCGUGUUCAGGUACGCCAUCAGCGAUGACAAAGACAGCGUGCCCGACGUAGGCGCCCCGCAACCCCCCACGCCGCCAACCCCGCCGCGCCCGCUGCCGCAGCUCAUCAUACAACUUGUUGAGACGUCGGUACCAGAGUACGGGAAGGACGUGCAGAUGAAGCUGGUGAUGAGCAGCGACAGCAGAGUGGAAAGGAAGCUCAACAUCCGCAUCACCGUGGAAGGGAUGCACUACAACGGCACCUUCGUCGCCACCAUCCAGUCCCAAGUCAAGGAGGGGACGCUGCACCCUUUCCGAGAGCUGACAAUACCCAUUGUGAUCCCCGUGCGUUCGUACCUCAAGCACAUGAUGUACGCCGACAGCUUGAAGGUGUCGGCCGUGGUGACGGACAAGAAGCAUCCCGACAAAAAGUACCUGGCGGAGGACGACGUGGUACUGCAUGACCCUCCCGUCAUAGUCACUGUUAACGGUUUUGUGCGGCAGCACCAGGUGGCGUACGGAGAGGUGAUCUUCAUGAACCCCCUGCAGGAGACCCUAACGGGCAUGACGCUGACCGUGUCGGGAAGCGGACUCUUGCGGCAGGAGUUGGAACACAGACUUCCCAACUUGUCUCCCAACAACCGCUUCCGCGUCCAGUUUCCGUUUGUCCCGUACAGGACAGGCCUCAAGAUGCUGACGGCUGACAUCCAUUCAUCCAUUUUUAAAGAUUUCAAGGGCAGCUAUGCAGUCAAUGUCAGGCCAUGAAUCAUUCUCUUAAAAAAAGAAAAAAGAAUCUGCUCAUGCUCUAAUCAUGCUCAUAUGGAGGUUUUUUUUUUUUUUUUAAUAUAGGAGUCGAUGCUUAAUUUUAUGUAACCGUGGUGCUUUUAUAUUUUGUUUUGGGGUUUUUUUUUUCCCCUCCAAGUGCAACUGAGCAGAUCAUACCCUGCUUGAAGUCUGGCGCUGUUCUAUCGCCGAGCUGUCGUUUUACACGAUACACAUGGUGCGGUUUGCUUUUUCUUUGGCUUUCUUUUUUGUGUUUUUAAGAUGUCGCCACAAGAGGGUAGCAAUAUGGAAUAAGAAACGGAGCUUGGUGUGAC